UCUCACUAUUACUUUAUCUCGAAAAAAAUAAAAUGGGUUCAAAAAAUAAGCAUAGCAAGACAGGGUUGCAGCAGAAAGAAGGCAACGCAAAAGCCCCAAUGGCUUUCGAUGCACAGCCACUUGCAUUAGUUGCUGAAGAAGAAACAACUGCUCUCGUUCCAGUCCACCCUCCGUUGAUGUUUUCGUUGAACGAGCGGAUCCGCCCUCUGCUCGACGCGGUCGAUAAGCUCCGCCAUCUAAAAGUGGCACAAGAAGGCAUCCAGCUUCCGACCAUUGUGGUGGUCGGUGACCAAUCAGCUGGAAAAUCGAGCGUUUUGGAAUCGCUUGCCGGAAUAAGUCUUCCCCGCGGCCAAGGGAUUUGCACGAGAGUUCCCCUCAUUAUGAGGCUCCAACACCACCAACAUGCUCAACCAGAGCUCCAUUUGGAGUACCAUGGCAAGACUGUCCCCACCGACGAAACCCACAUUGCCGAAGCCAUUGUUUCGGCUACUGAUGAGAUUGCAGGGAAUGGGAAGGGGAUAUCAAACACCCCAUUGACUUUGGUUGUGAAAAAGAGAGGUGUCCCGGAUCUCACAAUGGUGGAUCUCCCCGGGAUCACUAGAGUACCUGUUCAUGGCCAACCCGACGAUAUUUAUGAGCAGAUAUCUGGGAUUAUUAUGGAGUACAUAAAACCAGAAGAAAGCAUAAUAUUGAAUGUUUUAUCUGCUACUGUUGAUUUCCCUACUUGCGAAUCAAUAAGGAUGUCUCAGCGGGUGGACAAAACCGGUGAGAGAACUCUAGCCGUGGUUACUAAGGCUGAUAAAGCUCCAGAAGGAUUGCUCGAAAAGGUCACGGUUGAUGAUGUGAACAUUGGGCUUGGCUACGUUUGCGUGAGGAAUCGGAUUGGCGAUGAGUCAUAUGUGGAAGCCCGUGUGGAAGAAGCUGGACUAUUCCAAACUCAUCCUUUGCUAUCCAAGAUUGAUGAGUCUAUGGUUGGUGUACCUGUUCUUGCACAGAAGCUGGUCCAAAUACAAGCAACAAUUAUUUCAAGAUGCUUACCGGAUAUCGUCCGGAAGAUCAAUGAGAAGCUUAACGCAAGCAUUUCUGAGUUGAACAAAAUGCCUCAGAAUCUAUCUUCGGUUGCUGAAGCAAUGACGGCGUUUAUGAGGAUUAUUGGGUUGUCCAAAGAGUCUCUGAAGAAAAUUCUCCUUAGAGGCGAAUUCGAUGAGUACCCCGAUGAGAAACACAUGCACUGCACUGCUCGGUUGGUUGAAAUGCUGAACCAGUAUUCCGAGGAGCUUCAAAAUAGUGCAGAAGAUAAAUCAACAGACAACUUUCUGCUGGAGGAGAUUAGGGUGCUCAAUGAAACCAAAGGAAUUGGGCUACCUAAUUUCCUUCCCCGCACUGCCUUCCUCAUGAUCCUGCAGAAAAAAGUUAAGGAGAUAUCCAAAACACCGGUGGAUUUCAUAGCCAAAGUGUGGGACUACGUCCUGCAAGUUGUUAUAUCUGUUUUCACGAAUCAUUGCGAUAGUUACCCGCAACUCCAAGCCUCUACAAUCAGAGCAGCCCGUAAUCUCAUAGAAAAGAUGAAGCAAAAGUCUUUUGAUCACGUGAUGGAGAUAGUGGAGAUGGAGAAGCUUGCUGAUUACACAUGUAGCCCGGAAUACACGUCGGAAUGGGGUAAGCUUAUGGCCCAACAGAAUGUGUUCACGGAGGCCAUGAAUAUUUACUCCAGGAUCUCAAAGAUAUCGAUCGAAGGUUUUGGGGAGAUUGAAGUUGGCCAUCUACGGGAUUACCCGAGUGUUAGAGAGCAGGCGUUUGAUAUGAAAAUGAGAAUCACUGCAUAUUGGAAAGUUGUUCUGAAACGGCUUGUCGAUUGCAUGGCUCUGCACUUGCUGCUUAGUAUUCAGAACUUGGUUAACCGUGACAUGGAAAUAGAAGUUGUCAAUGAGUUUAUGGGACCGCAUGGUGGUGGCAUUGAAAGGAUUCUUGAUGAAUCCCCUGCUGUUGCGAAGAAGCGCGAGAGGCUGAACAAAAGCAUCAAGUUGCUCAAGGACUCGAAGGAUGUGGUGGCUGAGAUUAUGGAUAGGAUCACCGUCGAGGAUUAAGCUGAAUGUCUGUUUCUUUGCUUCAGAUUCUUGUUUGGUUUUAUGUUUUCGGUCAGUUUGUUUGUGUUUCGCAAUUGAGUAGUCCCGUUUAAGUUGGCUGGUUUGGUUAUUUUUGUUGGGUCCCUGCUUCCUAAGCUGGCUAUUUUGUAUUUUCUACUGGAAAACUAUUUUCCAGAGAGAAAUUGGUCAAGUGCUUUGGAAAAUAUAUCUAUAACAAUAUCUAUUUUCUGAA